AUGAAACCACUGUGCUUGACCUUGGGCCUUUUGGCUUUUAUAACAUGUUUCUUGUCUGGAGAGAGUCACAGAGGCCCCAGCCUACAAGUGCCUAGACCACCUGCUCGACGUCCUCCACCACGCAUUCCUUCUGUCCCAGGAUUUGUCCAACGCCCUUCUCUAUCCUCUGGUCCUGGAAGAAUUCCACCAUACCUUCUUCUACCUUCUGGUCCAGGCAGAAUUCCACCACGCCCUCCUUUCUUCCCAGGUUAUCCAAAUCCACCAAGACCUUAUCCAUCUAGACCUCAACAGUUCCUUCCAUAUCCUCCAUUUUAUCCUCCCUUCUUUCCACCUCUACCCCCAAAACCAGCAACUACAACAGACUCCCCUACUACCUCCAUUACCAACACAACAAACUCCAUUACAAACAUAACAGUCCCCAGUGCCAACACAACAGACUCCAUUAUCAACACAACAGUCCCCAGCACCAACACAACAGAUUCCAUUACCAAUACAACGGACUCUGUCACAAACACAACAGUCCCCAGCACCAACACAACAGCCCCCAGUGCCAACACAACAGUCCCCAAUGCCAACACAACAGUCCCCAAUGCCAACACAACAGCCCCCAGUGCCAACAAAACAGUCUCCAAUGGUGACACAACAGACUCCAUUAUAAUCACAACAGUCCCCUUAAUAGACAAUACAGACUCCACUACAAAUAUAGCAGAACCCACCACCAAAUUCAUCAACCCCACAACUACAUCAUCCAAUACCCAAAAUUCCUUUAUUAAGAGAUUUUUAGAAAAAUUUCUUUCCUUUUUGGGGUAUGGAAGAGAUAGCCCAUGA